GUUUUAUUGACCACCUGGAAGAUCGGCAACGACGACAUUAAUUCCUGACGGUGACAUGUUCAGCGUCUAGGAUGCAGCACAAAACAUUAUGCCUCGCGCACGUGGGAGAAAAAAGAAGGGAAAAAUACCGCGUCUUUGCCGUCGGUAUGGCAACUUAGUGACAGGACGAACAAGGAGGGAAAUUGAGGAAAGAAAAAAAAACCGUUGACGCUACAGGGACCCUGUCUCUCCCUCCAAUGACACGACUUGUCUGUCUCAUUCUGAAGAAUCGUCGUUUGCCACUCUGCCACGUCUUUUUGUAGCGCUCAAACACAAGGUGCCGGGGCGUGCCUGCUGCACCACACCGUUCGGUAGCAGCAGCAGCAGUAGCAGCAGCAGUAGCAGCAGAAGCAGCAGCCAUGGUGAUUCGAGAGAUGAGCACGCCCAAAGCAGCUGUGAAGCGCGGCCAUCGGAAGCUCAUCAACCUCCUGCGAGGAUGGCCGAACCCGGCGCUGCUGCCGACCAAGCUGAUGAGGGAAGCCGCCGACGCCGUGUUCGCCGACAAGGACGUGGCCAUACCCGCCCUGCUCUACGGGCCUGACGAGGGAGACGCGCGUCUGCGGCGGGAGCUGGCCAAGUGGCUCACCGAGUUCUACGCCGACUACUUGCAGGAGCCCAUCGGCGCCGACAGGCUGGCCAUCACCGGGGGCGCCUCGCAGAACCUGGCCUGCCUGCUGCAGACCUUCACCGAUCCGGAAUACACGCGCAACAUCUGGAUCGUGGCGCCGAGCUACUUCCUCGCCUUUCGCAUCUUCAACGACGCCGGCUUUGGAGCCAAGCUGCGCGCCGUGCCCGAGGGCGACACCGGCAUCGAGCUCGACUACCUGGAGCGAGAGAUCCGCAAGAGCGAGGACGAGGCCGUUCGGCGCGGCAACGCCAAGCCGGCCUUCAAGGUGCCGACACCGUGGGGCAAAGUGUACAAGCACGUCAUAUACGCCGUGCCCACCUUCUCCAACCCGAGCUCCAAGACCAUGAUUGCCAGUCGCCGGGUGGACCUGGUGCGCCUGGCCCGCAGGUACGACGCGCUGAUUGUCACCGACGACGUGUACGACCAGCUGCAGUGGCCGUCUGCGCGCGAGGCAGCGGCUCAGGACGACGCCCAGCCGUCCGGCCAGAAGGACAUGACGAGGGCGCAGGAUGCCCGCAUCGUCGACGUGGAUCGAUACCUCGACGGUGGGCCGGACCGCCCCGGCGCCGACGGCUUCGGCAACGCAGCGUCCAACGGCAGCUUCAGCAAGAUCGCAGGUCCGGGCAUGCGCACCGGCUGGUGCGAGGGCAGUCCCAAGCUCGCGUACGGCGUCUCGCAGACGGGCAGCUCGCGGUCCGGCGGCGCGCCCUCGCAGAUCGCAGCCAACUUCCUGGCGGAGGCGCUCGCCAGGGGCGCGCUGCAGAAGCACGUCGACGUGGUGCUGCGGCCGGCGCUCGCCAGGCGCCACGCGCUGAUGAUGGACGCCGUGCGAGAGCACCUCGUUCCGCUCGGCGUCCGGCUGCCGCAGGACGGGAGGCGCGUCGCGGGCGGCUACUUCGUGUGGCUACGUCUGCCGCCGCGCAUCAAGGCGAACCUGCUGGCCAGGCGAUGCAAGGACACGCACAACUUGAUCGUCGCCGACGGAGCCAUGUUCGAAGUGCCCGGCGACGCACACCCGUCGAUACACCACCAAGUGGCGGAAGACGCCGUGGCCGCUGGUGGCAGCUCGGAGGCGCCAACCUCGUUCCCAUACGACGUCAGGCUGUGUUUUGCGUGGGAGGAGGAGGAUGCCCUGGAGGAGGGCGUCGAGAGGCUGGCCGAAGUCAUACAGUCCAUGCUUGACGAGCCGGAGGGGGUGAAUCCCAACGUCAAACGAUCAAGCUUUGGGGAGACGGACCGUGUGCCCAUGGAUGUCAGCAGUUUUCAAUGAGUCGGAGAGCAAGCGCUGUGUUCACGUUUGUACGCAAGAAACAUGAGUCCUUGUCUACGCUCUUGGCUGCGAUUGUGUUUGCUUUUUCUCGUGGAAAAUAAAAAAAGAAAAAUACUUAAGAAUGGAAUCCUGUAGUCUCUGAGAUUGAAAUUGCCUCAGAUAAUGCCUACGAGGGAGAGCCAAUCAAAAAAAAAAGAAAAAAAAACUCAUGAUUCCAUUCACGUUUCAUGCAGCAUCAUAAAGCUGGGUACAUACCAAACGAAGGCCAAAACUAUUGCACAAGGGAUAUAUCGUCUAAUCUCGUCCGGAGCGUGCCCAUACUUUCAGCGUGGAAAGACCUG